CCCCUUUCACCGGCUCGGCCGGGGUGGCCUCGGAGGUCUUUCGCACCUGCGCGGCAGGAGUUUGGGGGGGAUGGGAGAGACCUAGGGAGACCCGGGGUUCCCGGUGGCCGCGUGACCCGCUUUGGGGCAGCCCUUGUCCCUGAUAAAAGAGGUGAUUCUGAAGGGUUAUCAAGGGCUUUUCGCCGAGUCCCAGGAAAUCUUCACCAGCGUAGCCGGGUUAUCUGAGGAUAGGCUUUAUUUAAUCCACGAACCCUGUGCAAUCAUGGGCAAAAUUGGAAGAGGUAAUGGACCUGCAUGCAAGCUCUGGAAGAAAGCAGCUGGAGAUAAUGAGGGAAGGGAAGAGAGGAAAUCAACAGAGCUUUGUGCAUCUCAGUGUGGAGGUGGAGGGAGGACCAGGCCCAUGGCUGCUGCCCACGAUGUGGAGAUGGAGAGCGUGAAUCUGAACAUGGAGAGAGAGGGGAAGGAAGAGCUGGAGGAGGAGAAAGUGAGAGAGGACAGGGAAGGCAAAGACUUGCCCAGGAGCAGAAAGGUCCACAGGAUUGUCUCAAAGUGGAUGCUUCCUGAGCCCGUCCGAAGAACAUACUUGGAGAGAGCCAACUGCCUCCCGCCACCGCUGUUCAUCAUCUCCGUCAGCCUGGCUGAGCUGGCCGUGUUUAUUUAUUAUGCUGUGUGGAAGCCUCAGAAGCAGUGGAUCACCCUGGACACGGGGAUCUUGGAAAGUCCCUUUACUUACCGCCCCGAUAAGAGGGAAGAGGCCUGGAGGUUUAUCUCAUACAUGCUGGUCCAUGCUGGAGUCCAGCACAUCGUGGGGAAUCUCUCUAUGCAGCUCGUUCUGGGUAUUCCCUUGGAAAUGGUCCACAAAGGCCUCCGAGUGGGGCUGGUGUACCUGGCAGGAGUGCUUGCAGGUUCCCUUGCCAGCUCCAUUUUUGACCCCCUUAAUUCUCUUGUGGGUGCUUCAGGAGGAGUCUAUGCGUUGAUGGGAGGCUACUUUAUGAAUGUUAUAGUGAAUUUUCGAGAAAUGAUUCCUGCCUUUGGAAUCGUCAGACUACUCAUCAUCAUCCUGAUAGUUGCCUCAGAUAUGGGAUUUGCUCUCUACAGGAGGUUCUUUGUCCCUGCAAACGGGUCUCCGGUGUCCUUUGCUGCUCACAUCGCAGGCGGGUUUGCUGGGAUGUCCAUAGGUUACACUGUGUUCAGCUGCUUUGACAAGACGCUGCUCAAAGACCCCAGGUUCUGGAUUGCAAUUGCUGCAUAUGUAGUUUGUCUCUUAUUUGCUGUGUUUUUUAACGUCUUCCUGUCCCCAGCAAACUGACUCGCCUCUAUUAUAAGCCAGUUAAUAAAAGUGCCACAUGGGGGAAAUGGAAAACUCUGUGAAGAAACAGAUAUCCCAGCAUAUGCUAAGAACUUUAUAAAGAUGGACAGCACCCGAUUCAUCCCUUCUGAGAGGAACUUCCAAUAGGAAGGUAGAAGAAAAGACAGAAAUCAAAGACUGGGUCUUCCGUGCACGGAGUAUGUAUUAUUCUAUGACAGAGACUUGAUAUCCUUGGGAGAUGUAAUUUGGAGUUUGUUUGAUAGACUCCACGAGAACUGUACUAUCCUGAGAAUAAACACUUUUCGUAUCUGU